UGACUAACAGUUGGAAGAAAGGAUCCAGCUUUUGAAAGUAAACCCAAGUUCGUUACUGAUGUGGGGUGGUGGGAAAUACAAGAAGAAUAUGAGAGAACAUUUAAGCUUGUCAGCUUGUCACCUGGGGGAACCUUUUUCCAGGCCAGUGCCCCAUUGUCCGCAUCUUUGUCUUUUCCUGAAGAGUGUUUGCUGCAGAGAAAUACAGUUUACUCUGUUACGUACAUAGUGCAGCAGGAAGUUCAUGAAUCAGCUACCAAAAAAGGAAGGUGCUCAGAUACUGAUGAGGUGAUGCUAGUAUCAGUUUUAUGUUUCAGCAAGUACAGAGAACAGUGUGACUUGUGAUUUUUUUCUCUUUGUAGUACUAAAAUGACAGAUGUUCAGCCUCCCCUUAAGCUUCCAAGUAAUUGCAGAUUGUAACAGUUCCUUGAAUGGAAAGCACUUACCUUACAGUUUGUUAACUUAAUUUUCACCUUCAGUGAGACUUCUUCAUAACAGUUUGAAGAUUAGAAAGGACAAUUUUGCAAAGUGCUAUAUGUGUUUAUAUAGUCUCUACAUAUGCUGUGUAUACUAAAUGAGAGAAAUUCACUCAAAGCUUAGUGCUCUGUUAAGUUAAAGUGGAUAUUUUCAUGCCUUGAAUGUAGUUUGAUUCCUGUUCUAACUGGUGUGUAAUUAUAAUCUCAUCUCUGAGUUUACAUUUUUUCUUCUUUCUCUAUGUAGGAAUUACUUCCUUCAAAUAAGCCGUUUUAUCUUAUUCCAGGAUGUUACCAGUAGAUAUCAGACUUCGAAACUUACAGGUGUACAAACUUCUUCAGUGUGUUCACCAAAAAGACAAGAAGCAAAUAGAAAAGCUGGUCCAGAAUGGAUUCCCAAAUCUCAUUAAUUUCACAGAGCCUAUGGAAGGAUAUAGUGCCCUUCAGUUGGCCUGCAUUAAAAAUGACGUUGACAUGUGCAGCUUCUUGCUGGAGCAAGGAGCUCAUCCAGAUGUCCAGGACAAAAUGGGACGUACUGCAGCAAUGAAGGCAGCUGAGUUAGGCCUGGAGUUCAUUUUGGAUAUAUUAGUAAAAGCUAAAGCGGACAUGACUGUUGCGGAUAAUGAAGGGAAAGGUAUUUUGUUUUACUGCCUUUUACCAACAACACGGCACUACCACUGCACGCAAAUUGCCUUGGAUGCUGGUGCAGAUGUUAACAACUGUACCACUGAUGGGAAGCCUGUAUUUCUGCAAGCCUGUGAGCAAGCUCAUGAUAUUAAAGAAAUAUGUCUGAAUUUCAUGGAAAGAGGAGCAAAUCCCAGUGCAGGAAACCCAGCUACAGGGCGCACGGUCUUAAUGGAAGCUGUAAGAGAAGGUGUUCUCGAGCUGGUGCGCGGUCUGCUUGAGAGAGGAGCUGAUGUUAACCGGUUCGACUUCGAAAGACAAAGUGCUGCACAUUUUGCAGCCAAAGGAGGCUUUUUUGAGAUUCUGAGGGUUAUUUCAGCUUAUAAUGGAGACGUGGGCCUGAUCGAUAUGAAUGGUAACACGCCGCUUCAUUAUGCUGCAGAGGGAGGAUUUGCAAAUUGCUGCAAGUUCAUAGGACAAAGAGGCUGCGAUCCUACAUGGAUAAACUUGGCAAAAAAGACACCAAGAGCCAUCGCCAAGGAUGGUGGUUUUAAAGCAGCAGUAUCAGAAUUGCGUAAAAUUGAGAAGACCUUUGCAAAACAGUCCAAGACUGAGGAUAAUGAGGAAAACCCCCAGUGGGCUGUGAGGCUGUAUGACUGGUCCUUAGAGCACCAGGCUGCCCUCCGCCAGGCGUUGGAGGCUGUCGACCAAGGAGAUGGGAAGGUGACUAAAGAGAGUUUUAUAGCCCUUAUCCAGCAGCACUGCUCCUUUGUGGACACUGAACAACUAGAAGCUAUUGCUGAAAUGCAUGAAGGACAUCAGGCUGAUGGAAUCGGCAUUGAAGACUUUUUUAAAGGCUCUAAAUACUUGCCAAAAAACUAUCUUAUCACAUCCUACGGACCCAAAGGGAAGAAGAGGAAGAAAGGGAAGAAACGAAGAGGCAAAAAAGGCAUCCCUGUCCCCGUGCCAAUUUGUGUUAUGCCAAAGGGCGCAUGUCCCCUUAGAGAAGAUGGUUUCCCUGUGUACAUGGUUGAGGCUAUCCAAAAUCUUGCUGAGAUCUCCCAUUUUAACCGAGACCACCCAUCUGCCCAUCCCGUGCAUGAUGACCGUGCCUGGUACAUAGAUGAGCCAAGGAAAACAUACAUGAACAUUAACUACCUUGUCAGAGAAGCAGACUUUCCAUCUCUGCAGAAAGCAUUUGACGAGGGUGUGCACGUAGACAUAAAAGAUCAAUAUUACAAAACACCUUUGAUGGUUGCGUGUGCAAGUGGGAACAUAGUUCUUGUGCAAUAUCUUCUGGAAAAGGGGGCUGAUGUAAAUGCAACAGACAAUUUCAUGUGGACUCCUCUCCAUCAUGCUUGCUAUAAUGGACACCUCGAUAUUGCCAAACUGAUAGUGAAGGCUGGAGCAGCAGUGGAUGCACCCUCAAUGGGCAAUGCAACCCCACUAAUGAGAGCCAUUGAGAACUCCAGACUGGAUAUUGUCUAUUUUUUACUUGAAGAGGGUGCAGAUGUCCAAGCUACAAACAGCAAUGGAAAAAAUCCUCUUGAUAUUGCUAAAGUAUUUGCAGAUUCUAGAAUAAUUGAUCUGCUCCAGAAUAAGCUGGACAAUUUGCCAGAAGUACCAGAAAAGAAAGAAAAAGCUGUGAAACCAAAGGCAUCUUCUACACCAAAGCCUGCAGAGGAACAAGCAGCAAAAAGAGAGUCUUCACAGGUAUUGCUGGCAGAUGAGGAAACAUCCAUUCUUGAAAAGGCAGCACAACCCUUUAAGGACAGUGUUACUUAUCUGAAUUCUCUGAUAGCCAGUGGUGCUACCAAGAAAGAGGACAUCACAUUCAAACCCAGAAAAAUUUGGGCCCCUGAAGCCGCAACAGAGGAGUUAGUAAGGAAGUAUGAAUGGCUCCGUGAGUGCUCUGCUUUUGAUGGCUUGUCAGAAAGCCCUGCAACCCCCUUUGAUAGAAAACUGCAGAAUAAGCACACCAGCCGGAAGAAGCUACUUCAGCAUAGAUUUUGAGGGGGUAAAUAUCAAAAAGGCUACUCCUCUGCAAGGAAGGAAUCAUGCAGUGCUCAGUAAAUGCAUCUUAGUUACAAUAA